AUGAGCUUGAAACGGCGUCCUGCCAGGCAAGGACAGCCGGGUGAUCACAUCUGCAGAGAGACAGAGUAUCAGAAACCAGAAAACCAGCUUAAAAGCGGCUUCGUUCGCCGAGAGACUCCCUUAGCUGACAAACUUCUCUACGAAAGGCUGCAGGGGAAGGCCUAUCAAGGUCCCACGACAUCGCUCACUCGGGCGACAAUGAAUCCGGGCCCUGUGGCAGCGUAUCCAGGUGGUCAGGUUAAGCCUGGAGAACCCAGCUCUGUCCAUCACGGGAAUCUAAUGUCAGCCUCGCCUGACCAGGAUCAGCCAUCUGGGCAACCGCAGACAGCACGGCCUGCACCGGCAAAGACCAAGGAUCCUGUUGCAAAGCAGAAGAACAAUUCUUCUGGGCGAUGUGCAAUUCCAGUAAAAAGGAAGAAAGCGUCGAAACGAAAAGGCAAACAAACCAAGCCGGAGGUUCAACCCGAGCAACUCUGCGAACCGGAUCAAGAGAUUCUUUUCAACGAACUCAUACGUCAUCGCUUUCUUUACUUGGACUUUACCUGCAGAUUACCUCGAUUUAGGAACGUUGUGUUUAACCGGCUCCCUCAACGGUUGCAACGUCUCCUAGUAGACCAGAACGGCCUUCAAAAACGGUUGGUUCAAUUGUGCAAACAAGGAAGACGCACAUUGAAAACUCAGGGGCCACUGACCGACUCGCAAUCCCCCGGAAACGGGUUAAAUCAACUUAUUGAUACUUGGAAUAAAAUAUACUGGGGACGGUACUAUGCUGAGUUUCGCAACGGCAUUGAGGCGGGCAUCUCUGCUGUGAAUGCAGCUGAGAGGGGAAAUGAGGCUCUGGAUGACUUGUUGGGGCUCUCACCUGACAAUGUGGCUGAUAUCUCAAACUUUGCUGACAUCCCGGACAUUGAUGCGGACCAUUCGACUGCAGCGCAAGAUAUGCCCGAAGAGAGGGCUUCAAGUGAGGGUUCAAGCAUCCCUGGGGAUGAUGACGAUGAUGACGAUAAGGCUACAGCCAGUGCCUGGCCUACGCUGGCAUACAUAGUCCCUGUCGAAGGCGCUUCGGUAAUGCUCGACGGUCAGCAUCCAUUUCAGCCUCCGAAGACGAGAAAGGGUAAGAAGAAAGCACCUCCCAUGCAGGAUGCCCGCUGCUCCGACCAGCCGCGAUCCAACCAGCCUUUCACAAGCGACAUCUUUGAGUUGAACGACACAGAUGGAGAGAAAGGGCCUGGCGUUCGUUCUAAAGAAACAGAAUCAGGGGUGCCCUCCAGCAGCAGCAGGACCAAGCGCAAGCGGGACUGCUCCUCCGUUGGAACCGUCACCCACGACUCGCCGAUGGCAUCCCAGCCUUUAGCUGUUAAAUCGACAGAAACCCCAACACCGAUAGAAUCUGCGAGGCCGACGAAGAAGAGGAAGCGGAAGUUGCCCACAACAAAGGCCAAGGCGUUUCCCACAGCAAAGGAUGAGGUGAUCGUCAUAGCCUCAGAUGAUGAAUCGGACUCACCUGCCAGCCAGUCGCAUGAGCCCAGCAGCCGCAGCCGCAGCUCAGCGCCGCGAUCAGGAAAGCACGUGAAGGGAAAGAGUGCCAGCUCCCCUGCGCACGGGCUCACACAAGAGAUGACGCCUCCUCACUCGACGCCCUGCCCCAAGAAGUCGAGCCACCAGCAAUCGAACACCGUGAGCAGUGUUCCGGGAGAGAAUCAAGACUCUGGGAAACGUCUGCAUGAUAGCCCCAAAGAUCGAGAAGAAGAGGGCCGUCGGAUAUCGAAAAAAGAAUCGAAGAAGGUCAAGGAGGAGCCUAGAGACGAGGAACAGUCGGAUUCAAGUGAAGACGAAGGAAACACGAGCAAGUGCAAUGGCAAAGAGGAGAGGAGAAGGGAACUAGAGCAACAGGUGAAGCAGCAAAAGCAAAGGAAGGACAAAGAGAGGAAGAAGGGAGAAAAGGAGACGAAUAAGAGAGAUGUGAGGGAGAGGGCGGAGGGUGAGAGUCGAGAGAGGGAGAAGAAGAUGCGGAACAGAGGGAGAGGAAGAGGGAAGAGAGCGAGAGGCGAGAGAGUAAAAUGA